AUGCGCUCACUGGUGGGACUCGUCGCUGUGGUCACUGCAGCCACGGUGUACCUGUACUGUCUGUCCCUGUCCCUGCCCCCGGGACCCCGCCGGCCCCCCGCUCCGCCCGCGGCCCAGGGAGAGCAUGGGGACCCGGCAGAGAGCCCGGACAGCGCCGGGGAAGUCAGCAGGUUGAAGUUCCCUGCAGACUUGGACGAGCUGAGGGAACUGGCCGAGCUCCUGCAGUUUUACAAGACGAAGCACACAGGAUAUGUCCUGCUUCUCUUUUGUAGUGCUUAUCUGUACAAGCAGUCAUUUGCCAUCCCUGGAUCCUCGUUCCUGAACAUUCUUGCAGGAGCAAUAUUUGGACCAUAUGAAGGACUGCUGCUGGCCUGUGUGCUCACCACCGUGGGCUCCACCAUGUGCUACCUCCUGUCACAGGCCUUUGGAAAAAACUACAUUGUGAACUUCUUCCCUGAUAAAGUGUCCAUGCUGCAGGGGAAGGUGAAGGAGAACAAGGACUGUCUGUUCUUCUUCCUGCUCUUCCUGAGAUUCUUUCCCAUGACACCCAACUGGUUUCUGAACAUGUCCUCCCCGAUUGUAAACAUCCCCAUCACCUUCUUUGUCGGCUCAGUCUUCAUUGGUCUCCUGCCGUACAACUUCAUCUGCGUUCAGACGGGCGCCAUGCUGUCUGAGUUAUCGUCCCUGGACGACUUGUUCUCCUGGGACCGACUGCUGCAGCUGCUCGCCAUCGCCUGCAUGGCCCUGCUGCCCAGCGCCCUCAUCCGCCGCGUCAGUCAGAAACGUCUCAAACUGGACGUCCGGUCACAGAACGGACUCGUGUCAGAUAAAAAGGUCCAGUGAUUUGUCCCAGUGGGUGUGUUCCUGGGUGUUUUGGUUCACUUCCCUCAAGAGUAAUUGUAUCUAAAAGGGAAACACUGCCUCUUUUAUGUGGACUGUUUUAAUUCUUUGGAGCCACGUGGACAUGGAAAAGGGAUCUCCGCUUUUAAGACAAUGACGAAACUGUCAUAGUGCAAUUUAAAUGGGUGUUUCUUUACCACAGCUACUGGAGAAGUUGUUAAUACAGUUUGUGGAUAUGAAUGUAUUAUAAUCAUAUGACGAAAGGUUGCACUCCUGUUAUAAUGUGAGUAGGACUUCAUUGGAACCAGCUCUUGUUCAAAGUGCCUGACAUGCAGUUAAUGAUUCAAACUUCUACCUCCAGGAUGAACAUUUUAAAGGCCUACUCACGUUUGUGAUUGUUCAUAUGAUUGUUUUGUGUAAAUUAUUAAAUUUGUAACUUAAAGACUGCUUGUAUUGCAGUAUAUACUUCACAACUUGAAGUUGUACUUUACACAUGAUAAGUUUUAAGGACAGUUUUUAACUAUUUUUCAUCUCUGAACUGAACAUUUUUUAAUUUAAGGACCAGACUUUGGCCCUAAAGAACAGUGAUAAUGGGUCGCAAUUGAAUUAAAUUAUUUUUUCGUGA